CGUCCACUUUCUUCUUGUCCCUAAGGCCAUAAAAUGAAGCCAAGAACAAAUAGUUUUUUCAUCAUUCAAUAAGCAUAAAACCAAAAUUUUUAGAUGUCUAUACAUUCUUGAAUUUUCUACCUUCUGUUGCACCAAAUUCCUCUCUGCUUAAAAGUUGUACUGUUUCAUAACUUGUCACGAUUUUGCAUUGUUUCCAACUAAAUCCAGAGUUGAUGUCUAUAGUACUCUCUUGCCAAAGGCAUAUAUAUGAGGAUUAUAAAACCAUGAAACUGGCACAAACAGAUCAUAUCUUCUCAAUCUGUAUGAAGGUACUCCUCACAAGAUAUACCCUGUUGGAUUAAAGGAGAGGCAAGGUAUAUGUCCUCCAGUCCUCUUCUUUCUCAAUGCUGGCUUAGUAGUUAUCCUUUAGUGCACAUGAAAGGAGUGAAUAAAAGGACAAAGGGAAAAGUUCCAUUUCUCUUUGGAAUUGUAAAGCCAAGAUUAAUAGAAGAAAUCCGAGCCAAGUGAUCCUUUGCUUUGCCUGCAAGGGAAUUAUUUUAGGACAUUGCUUGAGCUUUGGCAACACAGCACAAACUGAUUCCUUCUGGUUCUGUUUUUCAGAUUUCGUGUUCCUUCUUUCUGUUUGAUUUCCCAUAAUCUGUCUCCUACAAGAAACCAUGGCUUUUUUUGGAGAGGUGGUACCGUCUACUUUCAUUGAGACACCGUUCGACAUAUUGGCCUCCCCUGAGCUGCUGAACUUUGCAAGCCCAGAGCUGGUCUAUGCUGAUAUCAACAAGUGGAAGAAGAUGCUAUCAAAAAUAUAUGUUGUGCUUGAUGAUGCAAAGGAGAAGCAGAUGACGAAUCCAUUGAUGGAGAUCUGGCUUGGCGACCUCAGGGACUUGGCUUAUGAUGUGGAAGACUUCUUGGACGAGUUCACCACUGAAGCUUUGCCACGUGAGUUGAAGGCAGAACCUCAAGUCUGCACAAGUGAGAUUGCAGAGAGACAUAACUUCUUAAUCUUUGAAGAUCGUAAGUUUGCUGACAUUGGUAACAUAGUGACCAUGCAGUAUGAAGGACGGAUAUUGGACGGGGCAAAUAUAGUUAAUGCUGACAUAAUCUCUGGUCCUGGAAUUGUGGAUGGUCUGAAACUGAAGACCACCCCUUGGGACUCUUUCUUUUUUGGGCUGUCUUUGUUGGGCUUGGCCCUUUUUUUAAAGAGAGUAGGCCCAUUUGAGCUUUUAUUUGGCCUACCCAGAUGAGGACAAGUGCCCUCACUUGGCCAUCCAUUUGAGCCUUUUUAUUGCCAUUUUCGGCGAGGGUUUGAGCACGCAAUUCUAGGGCAAGGAGAGGACCUUCCAUUUUGGGAGAAAAAGGCGGCGGUUGGGAAAGCAUCUUUGGAGAAGAGAAAAACAGAGUAGAGAGGAUUUGAACGAAGAGCAUUUUUAGAGAGCAGGGCCUUGAGGAGGAGGAACAUCUGGAAACGGAUUGGAGAGGAGCAGAGCAGAGGAGCCUUAGCUUCUAGAGAGGGCUUUUGGGUCCUCCAGGUAUGGUCACUGUGGGUUUCACCUUUAUUUAUUCAUGCUGUUCUCUUCUUUUCUUCAGAGAGCUCAAAAAUCACUUUGCUAUUUAGAUGUGAGUAUCAGAGAAAGCAUCUGAACCUGAUUGAUUUUCUUUAUGGUUGUUCACGAGCUUGGUGUGGCUUAUUUAUCCCUUUCUCCUUUGGUCUAGCUUGAAAAUAAUCUGAUUAUCUUUUUCUUUUUAA